AUGUCUAGGCCCCGAACCACCGCGCUCGCACACCAACUCAAUUGUGCACGGAGCGAACUCAUUACCAAGGCGGUGGUAGAGGAAGCGGAAACAGACUCUAGUAUUUAUUUCCUAUUAUUACAAGAACCAUGGACCUCAGCAGAGGGAUACCCACCAGAAUCAAAUCUCUUUUAUAUUUUUACAGCCAGCAACACCAAUACAAAAUGCGCAACAUACGUCCGCAAACAUGCCAACCUCAAACCAAAACACCACUACACAUACGAUAAUUUCAUAGUAUCGAUUACGGUAGAAAUCCAGAACAAGAAAACCCAAAUCCUAAAUAUAUAUUCCCCAGGCCGAAGUGGCCCCUUCACCAAAAUAGCAAAAACUAUCCAAACCCUUGAUAACUGUCUAGUAAUGGGAGACUUCAACUGCCAUCAUCAAAUGUGGUACGGAGUAACAUCACAUGAAUACAGGAACAACAUCCGAGCAGACCGCGCCAACGGUGCACGGCUAAAACAAUGGAUAAUUCGACAGAAAAUGACCCUCCUGAACGAACCAGGCGUCUUUACGCACUUCCCCAGAGACAGAGGAAAAAGGCCUACAAUUAUCGACCUUACAUUUGUAAAAGGCCCAACUCUCGACCACAACCUACGAUGGAGCACUGAACCCUAUGGAGCGGGCUCAGACCACGGGAGAACCUCCGUUCACUCACACUUGGAAAAACCACCAUUUGUACCAAGACGGAUGUGGCGACAAACAGACUGGAAGCUAUUGGAGAACCACAUGUCAAACAUUUCCCUCCCUGCAGAAGCAUGGGAAACCAAGGAACAUACGGAACAAACUGUCGACUUCUUCCUAGAACUGGUCAGGGCAACAAUCCAUAUAGUAACAUCACUCUCGAAGGAAGGAGUAAGAGCCAAUUCCUGGUGGUCAGAGGAAAUGAAACAAAUGAAGGCAAGGGUAAACGCGGGGGAAAGGAAGGCGAGAAACACAAAGAAACCCAACCAUGUGGAGGAGCACCGGAAGGCAUGCAGAGAAUGGACAGUAAUGAUCCGGAAAGCAAAAGCGGACCAGCGGGAAAAGACGAUGAACCAGGCGAAAGGCAGUGAAGUCUGGAAAAUCCUAAAUGCAGGAAGGAGAAGAGACACAAUCAUACCAACAAUACAAGGUGAAGAAACGUUUGCGGGGAAGUGUCAAGCUCUAAGAGCUCAACUUUUCCCCUCAAAACGGACAUCCCCCGACCAUCCCCCCCUAAACAUUAGGCCCCCCUCUUUUGACCUUAGCAACACCUUCGACAUAGUCACCCCCGAAGAACUUAAUAAAGCAGUCGACUCCUGUCCAGCCCAUUCGGCGACCGGCCCGGACGGCAUCCCCUAUACCUUUAUUAAAGCAAUAGUGAGAGCUAAUACAACUCUAAUCCAAGACAUGUUCUCCGCCAUGCUCCGGCACGGAGUACACCCAGCGGAAUGGAAAAUAGCUAAGUGCAUCCCGAUCCCGAAACCCGGCAAAGCAAACUAUCAUGAAGCAAAAGCCUAUCGGCCCAUUUCCCUUCUACAAUGCUUCAGCAAAAUCCUGGAAAAGAUAGUGGCUCAGAGACUUUGCACCGCUGGAGAAAUUCUAGGCACACUCUCAGCGAGCCAAUUUGGAGGAAGACCAACCAUCUCGGCAAUUGAUGCCCUCCUGAGAACCUUAACACCAAUACAACAAAACUUACUACUGAAAAACAGUACCGGAAUCGCUCGGCGGGACAGACCAGCGAUCCUAACCAACAAUAUCCAAGGAGCAUUUAACUGCGUCGACCACCUACUCCUCGCGGAAAUCAUGUACCAACAAAAAUUCCCUACCUAUUUAACAGAAUGGUGCAAGGAAUUCAAUACCGGCAGAAAACUACAGUUUCAAUUUAAUGUAACGGGGACUAUGGGCGUAGGAACUAUGAAGCCAAGGAAUACAACCGAGGCGAAGAUGUAG